UCGGCCUCCUCCUCCCCGGCGGCGGUGACCACGUCGACACGUCCUCCUGUCCGGUGAUCGGCAGAGGCAAAGCUUAAUCCUCCGUCGGAUCGAUCCUGAGUCCGCCGCCCACCGCUCCCCCUUCGUGUAACUCACACGCGAAUCCCUGCAUUGCUCCGAAGGAAGCUCUCGAUCAUCCUAGACAUGAAGUUCCCUUCCCCAAAACCCCUCUCUUUCGCGCGCGCUCGGGAUUUUCUUCUCUUCCUCGUCGUAUACAUCCGUAAGCUGCUCGAGUCCCCUUUUCACUGCUCUUUCGAUCUGGUCGUUCGCUUUCUCCUCGGUCGGAUUUCAGUUGGAUCCAUGGCGUCAGCGCUCGCGGUGACGGACGAGCUGGUGUUGCCGCUUCGCGCGGUGGGGUACCUGGCAAUGGCUGCCGAGGUCUCCUGGGACGACAUGGUGGUCAUCACGCAGUGCGCCUCGCUCGAUGGGAAGUUGCCUUAUGAUGACUCGUCAGUUGGUGCUGUUCUAUCUGUCAUUAAAAAUAUGGAGAGCUUUGGGGAUAAAUUUGUUGCUGAAAUUAACCGAGUGCUGCAAGCUGGGGGUAUUGUGUUGGUACAGAGCUUCACACCCUCCUCUGUUCAGAAGCCAAACAAUUAUAUCAAGCGCCAGCUACUCAUUGGAGGUUUUGUUGAAGUGCAAGCUUCUGCUACAAGCUCGCGGGAUAGCGUACAAUCUUUUACUAUCAGGGCAAAGAAGCCGACUUGGAGUAUGGGUUCAUCCUUCCCCCUGAAGAAAGCAAUAAAGGCUCUUCCAAAGACUAAAAUUGAUGAUGAUGAACUGAUUGAUGAACACAGCCUCUUGACUGAGGACGACUUGAAGAAACCGCAACUUCCAGUUGCAGGAGAUUGUGAAGUCGGAGCCACAAAGAAGGCAAGGAAGGCAUGCAAGAACUGCAGUUGUGGUAGGGCUGAGGCUAAGCAGAAGGUGGAGAAAUUGGGGCUCACUGCAGACCAGAUCGAUAACCCUGUGUCAGCUUGUGGCAGUUGUGGGUUGGGCGAUGCAUUCAGAUGCAGUGGUUGCCCAUACAGAGGCCUCGCACCAUUCAAGUUGGGCCAGAAGGUUACAUUGUCUGAUAACUUCCUUUCGGCCGACAUAUGACGAGUUGACGGCAGAGAUCAGCCUAUGCCCUGCUGACCAUCGCAGUUGUCGUGGCAACGUCGAGACAGCUCCUGCCCAUCAUCAGCUGGUAUGCAUCGGCACAGCGGCGAGCUGCUACAGGUGGUGGUGCGAGGUGC